CUAGCUCUCAUCCAAGUGGCUAAUGCUGCCCUCAGGGAGGAAAAAGAGAAGCAGGGAAGAAGAACCGGUGGGGAGGCAAUCUAUAUCAGGAUACUUUGGACCAGUUGACGAGAGAAGAGGAGGUUGGAGAUGCUUGACUGGAUUUUGGUUGAACUCUGAGGAGACUGACCUUUAACCUUCUUUACAUCUGAUCGAUGGUUUUGUUUUUAACAACUUUUUCAGCAUCAUGAGCUCCUCAUCAGCCAACCUUCAAAACAAACUUCUGCCUUUUCUUCCAUGCUGGUUCCUUGUUGUUGUUCUGAUGCUCCCUCGUCUCUUGUUCCCCAUAGACAGACCUCACCCAGAGACGCCCAGACAUGGAAUCAGCACAGCAGCUCAAGCUUAGAGAGAGGCAGCGUUUCUUUGAGGAGGUCUUUCAACAUGAAGUAGAUGUAUACCUGUCCUCCGCACACCUGUGCAUCAGGGACUACAGGAGACCUCCAAUUGGCAGUAUUUCCUCAAUGGAGGUGAAUGUAGACCUCCUCGACCAGAUGGAGCUCAUUGACCUCUCUGAUCAAGACCCUGUGGACGUCUUCUUCAGCUCUGUGGGGGAAGAAGGGGUGCUGUCCUCCCCAAUGCCAGCAAGCAGCAACAGCAAUGAGGAGGCCAUCAGGAACGGGCUGUUUCAACACGUCCUUGAGAGCCUAGACAGCAAGUCCCGCAUGUCCUCCACAUCCUCAGAUUGCUCCUCUGACAGCCAGGUCGCCAACAUCAAUGGAGGGGACACGCCUUUGGUUGGGUCAGACGAGGAAGAGGAAAACAGCACAGAGAAGAAGAGGGGCGUUUCACCAGGAGUGGAGAAGAAAAUUCAGAGUGUACACUCUUGUUGCAAAGAAUCAUCUUGUGCUGAAUAAUUGUGUAUGGAUAGUACAGCAGAGAAGACUUCAGCCAGAAGAGGACAUUUUGGAAAAAAAAUGACCACCAAUUGUAAAUAUGCUUGUUCUCAUUAGACUGAUCUUCUACAUUGUCAUUUUAUUUUAUUUUAUUGUGGAAAACAGUUAUUUUGGUACAGUAUUAUGAAACCAUGAAAGAAGUUUGAUGAUCAGAAAUUGCAUAUAGAAAAAAAAAAGAUGCUGCAGAAAGAAACAAUAAAUUGUUUAACAGUGAAUUUUACAGCUUGUGUUCU